GGCCGUAAAUUCAAAUUUGCAAUACGGUGGUCAAUGGUCAUAUAUUGUCUUAAUUCAUCAAAAAGGUGGCUGAAGGCAACUUUUUUGAGGAAAAGAAGAUUAAUUUUUUCUCAGAAAAAUGGCCCUUAGCCAUUUCUUUGAAACAUAAAAACAAAGUCUGGCCACCUAUUUGUAAAUUUGAAAUUUCGGCCACAAAAGUAAAAAAACGGAUAAAGUUUGGCCACCACUUUGUAUUUUACUCUUAUAUAUACCGAAAGAAUGGGGAGGAUAUGCAGCUCAAACUUGUUACAAACCAAUAUUUAGUUAGUCAUUGCAGUCCUCUUAAAAGGAUGAACAUGUUGAAACAUUACAGCCAUGAGCAUGAACUGAAGUUGGUAGAGGUGGAUGUUAGUAUGGCAGGAAAAUCAAGGUGUGGUGUGUGUGAAAUGCUACUUGUUGGCGGCUCUGAUCCCAUCUACACUUGCCUUCAAAAGGAUUGCUCCUCCCCUUUCUUCUUCCUUCACCGAAAGUGUACAGAAUUACCAGCACAAAUCACACACCUUAACCACCCUCAUCACCCGCUUACCCUUGGCCGUCACUUGAAUCAAGAAGUAUUCUCAGUACUUCCAGGUGCCACCAUCUGUGACCUUUGUGAGCGUGAGAUUAAUGAAGCAAUGUCUGUCUAUUAUUGCGAGGUAUGUACUUAUCAAGGACAAUUGAUUAUGUUAGCCAAUAAAUCUGUUACUUACUUUCGGUAUACCUUGUGUAUAAGAUGUGCAAUAGUAGAGCCAGUGCUUCAUCAUGAAAUACACGAGCAGCACGUAUUAACCUUAGUGGCAAGGUUAAUGUAUUCAAGUUGUGAUGCUUGUGGUCACGUAGGUAAAGAUAUGUGCUAUACAUGCCUCCCAUGUCAAUUUUGGAUCCAUAGAACUUGUGCUCUUUCUCCCCCCACCAUUAAGCUCCAAUUUGACCAGGACGACACUCUGCAUCUCAUCUACUCUAUUCCUCACAUGUACCGCGCCUUUUCAAGACAUUGCCGUGUCUGCAGAGAUGAAGUUAUGGCAGAUAAUUGGGCUUAUUUUUGCGAAGAUUCUGGGUAUUUUGUGCACAUCAAUUGUGCCACUACAUUAUCAGCUUCUGGAGAAAAGUUUGAGAUGAACUGUGAAGACAAGAAUCAUGGGGAAUCAUACCUUGAAUUGCUGCAUUUUCCAUUGCCUAGCACCGACUCUUUAACUGCCAUUCUGGUAGAAGAGUACCAAUCUAGCAACCGAAUAAAAGAACUAGAAGAUAGUGAUGAUGACAGUGACUUUGAUGGUGAUGAUGAUGAAGAGGAGAAAGAGGUCGAGGAGGAGGAGGAGGAGGAGGAAGAGGAGGUCGAGGAGGAGGAGGAAGGGGAGGUCGAGGAGGAGGAGGAAGAGGAGGUCCAGGAGGAUUCGUUAGUAAUAAAUCACUGGAGUCAUCUGGACCAUCCACUGAUCCUCUUGGAAGAGUUGAAGGAUAUUCAUAAUGAUGAGAGUGAUCGAAUCCAUGACAUGUUAGUAUGUAAUGGAUGCACUAUGCCGAUCUCAAAUCAGAAUAAGUACUAUGGCUGCAUCGGUUGCAACUUUUUCCUCCAUCCGUUUUGUGCCAAUCACUUACCACUGAAAUUGGCACCAGGAAAAUGUGCAAGACACCCACAACACUACCUUCGAAUCUUAUAUCUUACAGGAACAAGCAGAUGCAUGAAAUGCCAACUAGUAAGCAAUGGAUUCGUAUAUUGGUGCUCCAUCUGUCUUGAAUUUUUUGAUCUGUUUUGCUGUUUGGCACCCGAGAAGAUCAAACAUAGUUACCACAAUCACCCCCUGGUCCAGAAUUUCAUUUCAAGGAAAGACUUCUCACACAGCACAGGAGAUACCUGCAACGCGUGCUUAAAAAAUGUACUUUUUGGCUUCGUAUACAGAUGUCAGACUUGCAGCGAAAUCCAGAUCUGCCAAAGGUGUGCUCUCUCCACCCCAAAAACCAUAUGUCACAGAUGGGACUCUCACAAAAUCUCCUUGAUAUAUCCUCCAAUUUAUUACAAGGGUCUGAGAUAUUGCGAGACAUGUGAGCUGGAGGUAAACCAAGAAGCCUGGAUGUACCGCUGUGGUGAAUGUGAUCAAUCUUUUCAUCCUACAUGCAUCCUACCACUUUAUAACAUGAAGCUCGGCAGAAUUAUAGCUCUUCCAAAUCUGCACCACCACAAGUUAACAUUAGUAAUGAUAGACAAAAUCAGAUACCCUCAGAGGAUUCAUAAAUCAUUCUCCUGCAGCCAAGGACAUUCAGACUUAAACAUGAAGUUACAUCUUCAUUGUGCACUCUGUAAUUAUUAUAUAUGUAUAAAUUGUGCCUAUGAACAUAUUAAGGUUGAAACUUUCAUGCCUUACAUAUGCUAUCUAGAAUCUUAUUUUACACUCCCACACCCAAAACAGAGAGACUCUUCUCCUCCAAGGGCUUCAACAAGCAUGCUCGAAGAAUUGUCAGACUUCAUCACUGGAUCAAGUUCGGGAUCUUAAACCAGGGUUCAGCGGAGACCUUGGUAUAUCUAGCAUUUGCAAGGUAAAUUUCCAUAUGCUUGCAAAAUAUAAGCUUGUUUAGAUGUAUCAAUUUUUUUAAGUUAAGGUCUCAUGACAAGGAUUUUAACAUGUGUUUAUGCUUAUGCCUUGUAAUAUGCAUUAGGGUGAAGUGAUCAAUUAAACAUCAUUAUCAAGUUGAGUCCUUUUGUACCAUCGUUAACUCAGCCUCGUCAUUUGUUGUG